AAGCCAAUACUAGGCAGGAAGACGCUGACUUGCCAGACGUUGCCGGACUGUGUACAUCUCUAUGUCACAUUCAGACAAUUCAGGAUACAGCUCUGCAGGAGCAUGAACGGGCAACGGGCUUACUAGCUAGGGCUUAGGGAGUUACGGAGGAGCGGAGUUGGACGGGUGGAUGGGGCAUGACAAUUGUCAACCGUCGGCAAUCUGGUGGACCUGUUGGAGGGCUUCCUUUGGCCAAAACCAAUGCUACUGCAUCUUUGCUUAGCGUACUGUUCCCUCUGCAAGUUGAUGAGACGGAUGCACGCAGAAGCACUUACAAAGACUCAUCAAUUCGAGAGCAGGGCACACGAGUUCACAAGCUAGGUGUAGCUGCGAGCUCACUAGCAGUUAGAGCACAUGACAUGCCUGUAAACAGCGUCCUGGCGUCGACAGGACGAAGUCGCUGGUGGCGGUUUGGUUCUGCUCCUCUGCGAGCCCCGAGUAGCUUACGCUUUUGAAAAUAAUACCGUAAUGGACUUCGUUGUUCUUGCCAACGACAGCGCUAACGCUCUCCUUGAGGCCCGGCUGGACCCCGCUUUGAAGACCGCGUUGAGCGUCGUAGCAGCGCUGGGCAUAAAUGUCGACGACGUGGCGCUGUUAUGCGGGCUGCGGCCGCCAGAAUUUUGCAUCGAGUGCACCUGCGGCUCUGCUGGCGGCGGCUCCAGCCGCACCGCGUUGGCAUCCAUCCGGGUGUGGCCGGGCCUAGGGGGUCUGGAGCUGUUUCGGCUGCAGCUGCGCGCGCUGCUAGGAAUGGACGUGUCCGUGCCGCUGGCGCCCGAGGAUGUGACGUUCGUGGUGCAGGCCCCGGGCCAGGACGCUGCCGGUGUCAAGCUUCCAGGCCUAACUAACUACGGUGUAGCCUCCUACUGUGCAGCCAUCGGCGCCGCCCUCGCCAGUCUCGGCCCAGCCGCCCUCGCGCUGUCGCCGCCGCCACCGCCUCCCCCUUCUGCAGCCGCUGCUGGGCUCCUAAGCAGCCCCGACGCCGUGGCUGCGGCUGCCUCUUCCGUCGCCGCUGUAGACGCUCUUGGCAGCGACGAGGCGGGUGGCGAGCCGCCAGUUGUGGCGGUGCCGGCUGGGGUGUCGCUGGCAGGCUGCGGCAUGUCAAACGACGACUGGAUCGAUCUGCUAUGCUCUGUAGCGGACAUGCUGGAUGGCGGCAGUGACGGUCUGGCCGGGCGCAACGGCGACCAGACAGCGGCAGCGGCUGCGGCGGCAGCCGUUUGUGGGGCUGACACUUGCGGCAGCCAUGAGAGGCCUCACAGCCUGGAGGAUUUGGUGGGCUACUUUGAGACAUGGGAUGGCAACCACCGUCGCCAACCAAAGCAGCAGGACCAAGAAGGAGACGAGGCUGGCUCGUGGGGUCUGCUGCAGCGUAUGGAGGAUCUUCCGCCCGGCAUUGAUGUGGGCGAGCAGGAGGAGGAGGAGGAGGAGGAGGAGGAGGAGUGGGAGGCGGACCAGGAAGAGGGCUGCUGCGAGGGCGCGCGUCCCCGUCGGCAGCAGAAAUCUCGCCCAGAGCCCACGCCGGCCGUGACCGUGACUGCGGUUAUUAUUAACCGGCCUGCGCACACCGCAGCGGUGCAGGGCGCGGCCUCAGGACACGCUGCCACAGCGCGCCACCACGGCGGCGCCGCCACUGCUGCCAACCGCCUCGUUGCCACUGCGGGCGCCGCUCCUGUCGUCGCUCCCAGCAGGUCUGCCGCGGCGCCAGUGCUCAGCCGACUGGCCUGCUGGCGGGGGCGCCGGAGCAGCGUGACAGCUCGGCCACCCUCGCUAUCACAGGGCCGCAACAGCUGCACCGGGCUCGGGAAGCAGCAACAACAGCAGUCCUCCCUUCAGCCGCCGGCGGCAGGCGCGCCCUGCGGCGCCGUGGGCGAAAGCGCCAGCUACAACGCGCUGGCCUGCUGCAGCGGCAACAGCAGCCGCCGCCGCAACCCACUGAACCCGCAGAGCGCCCGCCGCCUGUCCAUUAUCGGCAUGCGUGCACUGCUGGCGACGCGCGGCAGCGGCUGCUACAGCGCCUACAGCGGCAGCGGCGCCGUCUGCACAACCGGCGGCAACGCCACAGCCACCGCCGCGCAAGCGUCGCCUGGGUUUCCUGGCAGCUGGGACGCUGCGGCGGCACCCGCAGGCGGCCGCGCGGGCGUCACAGAUGCAGAGUUCCUGCUCCUGCAGCAGAUGCAGCGGUGGGACUCGCUAUCCUGCGGCGGCGAGUGGCUGGAUGAGUACAUAUACGAGGACGGUGACCCCUGCUCACCAGCCUUCUCCAUUCCGCUGCCGGUGCCGCCGCUGCACCAGCUGCAUCACCCCACUGUGGGCGCGCCGCCCGGCGGCCCCCGCAGCCCGCAGCCUCAGCAGCCGCUGCUUCCGGACCAGCAGCAGCACGAGCAGUACGAAGACGAUGUGCAGGAGCAUUUGGCCAGCCUGCAGGUCAUGGCCUCGCCGCGCGGCCGGCCUGGUGCCGCCACCGGCCGCGGCCUGUCGGGCGCGGGCAUCGCCGCCGGCCUCUGCCACGGCCACGGCCUCGGCUUCGGCUUUGGCCGCGUCAGUUGCGUGAUGCCGCUGACGGCACAGGCGGUGGCGACCCAGCACGUGGCCCUGACCGCGGACGAGCAAGAGACGGCGGUGGCGGCGGCCAUGGCGGCGCCGGCGGCGCUAGCGGCGCCGCUGCCGCACGUCCGGCGGCGUGCGCCGGCAGCGGCGGGCGCUGGCGGCGGCGCUCACAUGCCGCUGGGCCAGGGCAUUGCGUUGGGCUCCGCGUGUGGCAGAUGCGGCCGCAGCUGCGGCGGCGGCGCCUGCUGCUUCGCCGGCAGUGUCGAUAGCAGCGGGUACCCCGCGCUUGCGCUUUCUCCGGCGGCGAUGCAGCUGCAGGUGCAGCUUGCAGCCCGCAGCCUGCCUCCCGCGUCGGUGCCGGCGCUGGAGCCGGCGCGGGCGCUGACAGCGCCCUUGGCCACCUGCUCCGCUCCGCCCAUGGCGCCGCAGGCUGGGUCACCUCCUGCCGGCGGCCCGCCGCGUGUGCCGGCGGCAGCCGCGGCCGCGGCGAUGGCGGCGCCGGAGGUGGCGUGGCCGCCGCCGGCCUUCCGAGCCCUGCGUAUCAAGGCCGUCCGUGACGAUUCGGGCCGCCGGGCCAGCCACCUUGAAAGCCUGAGCACCGCCGCGCACCCCCCUAUCGACUUCGGUUCCGGCAUAGUUGUGGGGGUCAGCCACGAUGACGGCACCAGCGGCUAUGGCCGCCUCUGUCGCAACGUGUCCACGGCCCCGGCGUGGUGGGCGUACGGCCUGCGCCGGGCUGACCAGGUGGGCGUGUUUGGGUGACGAUGUCAAGCGUGCGACGGCGUGGCAAGCUACAUGCGUGCUGACAUGCGGGCGACGGACCAGGGGAGGGUGUGCGAGGGGACGGACGGCAGAAUUGGCAACGUGGUGUGUGUGAGGCUGACGGGCACUGUCAGUGCGUGUGAGGUUGAGCGCGAGCGGCGUGGAGGGAUUGAGCGGGCUGACAUGAUCAGGGUGUGGCAUCAAGGAAUGAGACUUCUUCCGCCAUUUAUGGCUUGAAGGUAUGUUCCCGGUAUGUUUGUUUGGCAUAGCACACGUUUGCCUGGCACAAAUCUGCCGUGGGUAACGUACGAACAUAUGAAGUCCGUAAGACCAGGUGAUGCUCCAACAAACGUGCUGGGGAGAAGUUUACUUUAUUCGUACACGGCAGGCACGGCUGGGCUGCUUUUGCACCCAUAGAUACUGAUAAAGACGUCUGCUUUUUAGGGGCUUGCGUCGUGUGUACCGUGCACGCUGAUUGUCGCUCUCAGCCGUAUCCAGCGAGGACAAUGCGCCGAAUCUGCUCUGGCCCUGCCGUAGCUUCUGGCCCAAGGUUUCCGCUAUGUGAAUCCCUUGACCGGCGUGCCGUUCUCGGUUGGCCCACACGGUUGGCCAGGCAUGGCCAGGCAUAGCAUGUGUGAAGGGUUUACAGGAUGUUUGACUCAGGUUUUGAGGGGCUUCGGAACAAGCAUGAGCUCUGUGGCUAUAUCUCGGCGCCCAUAGCCGCGGUGACCGAACAGACCGAUGUGUAUGUGUUGGGUGAAGGUUCAGGUUGCACGCACGUCUUGGACAUGCAUCCACAGUCAGCAUCCUUCUCGAAGUCAUCUGUGCCCAGCGACGUCUUAUGAAGUGAAUGCAAGGCGUGAAGAGUGUGAGGUUACCUACACUCCCUGCGUAUGUGUGCCGCAGAUGCGGCGCAGCGGCAGCGGUAAAUUGUCAUGAGUAUCUAAGGUUUGCCAACCAUGCAAGCGAGCUUGAAUUGAAGCUAAUGAUGCUGGGCGUCAGCGGGAAUGUUGGCGCUCUAGUGACACGCCUGAUUAUGCCCUUCGCUUGGGACGACGUGCUGUUGAAUGUUUGGCGGAAGGCAAGAUUCAAGAAGGGACAGGAACUCUAUCAUAAGACAAACAAAUUUCAGCCCAGGCAGGGGCAACACCCUCCCUUGGUGAAGCCGGGUGCCAUACCUGCGGCAAUCUUCGUUGUGGGCCGGCUUGCGACAUUGACCAUAUAUAGUGGCCUUACGUGCGUUACUUGACAUGCUUCUUUGCAUUGUGACUUCAAGUGACGUGCGAACCAAAGCGUAGUCAACAAUAAACAUGUGCAUAGCUGGCCGAGCUGGUGGGCAUUGUUCGGCCUCAACCUCCUUGGAUUGGCAGGGGGGGGCAGAAGGGGGCAGACUGAUGUGGCUAGAGGCCUGCGGUGGACGUGUAUGCCGUGUUCGUUAUGGCGUGAUGUGGCAGGUGUACAUACGGCCUCCAUUGGGUGGUCCUGCCUAACUAUGCUUUACCGUAGUGCAUUGAAUUAUUGGAUGUGAAUAUUGGACGUGGAAGGGCGUGCUGCCAUGUGCAGGGCCAGGUGGCAGUGCAGCGGUAGCACGCAUGUCCUCGCGGAGUGGUUCGAUACUGGGCUGCUGCUUGGGCUGCUGCGCGGCUCUGGCUGGUUCCGGCGGGAUGUGCUGGUCCGCACGCGCGCGCUCGGCGUUCGCACGUGGGGGUCCCUUCUCUACUAGCAUGUUUGCGGAGUGCAACCCGCGCCACCCCAGACCUGCAACGUCGUGAGCGGCUGUUAAAAUGUCUGUCUCU